UUGAAGAAAAUCCUGGGAGAGGAAUGGACCAUGUUCUCAUGAAGCUAAUACCUGUGAUCCAGGAAUGCUAUAGAGGAUAGAAAGAAAUUUCCAGAAUUCAGCAAAGAUGAAUAUGGUCAAGAGAAUCAUGGGCCGGCCACGGCAGGAGGAGUGUAGCCCUCAGGAUAAUGCUCUAGGGUUGAUGCACCUGCGCCGACUCUUCACAGAACUUUGUCAUCCUCCUCGGCACAUGACCCAGAAAGAACAGGAAGAAAAACUUUACAUGAUGCUGCCAGUGUUUAACAGGGUGUUUGGAAAUGCUCCUCCAAGUACAAUGACAGAAAAAUUCUCGGACCUUCUGCAGUUUACUACACAAGUGUCACGAUUGAUGGUGACUGAAAUUCGACGGAGAGCAUCAAAUAAGUCCACAGAGGCUGCAAGUCGUGCCAUAGUCCAGUUCCUGGAGAUCAAUCAAAGUGAAGAAGCCAGUAGAGGUUGGAUGCUGCUCACUACAAUUAAUUUACUAGCUUCAUCCGGACAGAAAACAGUGGACUGCAUGACGACGAUGUCGGUGCCUUCCACGCUUGUUAAAUGUCUAUAUCUGUUUUUUGACCUUCCACAUGUGCCUGAGGUAGUUGGAGGAGCGCAGAAUGAGCUACCUCUAGCAGAGCGCCGAACGUUACUACAGAAAGUCUUUGUACAAAUCCUAGUAAAAUUGUGCAGUUUUGUGUCGCCGGCAGAAGAACUGGCUCAGAAGGAUGAUCUCCAGCUUUUAUUUAGUGCAAUAACCUCAUGGUGCCCUCCCUAUAAUCUGCCUUGGAGGAAGAGUGCAGGGGAAGUACUAAUGACCAUAUCGCGUCAUGGCCUUAGUGUCAAUGUAGUGAAAUACAUUCAUGAAAAAGAAUGUUUGUCCACCUGUGUUCAGAACAUGCAGCAAUCUGAUGACCUUUCUCCCCUAGAAAUAGUUGAGAUGUUUGCUGGGCUUUCUUGCUUUCUCAAAGAUUCCAGUGAUGUAUCACAAACACUGUUGGAUGAUUUUAGGAUAUGGCAAGGAUAUAACUUCCUCUGUGAUCUCUUGCUCAGAUUAGAACAGGCAAAAGAGGCGGAAUCCAAGGAUGCUUUGAAGGAUUUGGUUAAUCUGAUAACUUCACUAACAACAUAUGGUGUCAAUGAAUUAAAACCAGCUGGUAUUACUACCGGGGCACCUUUUCUGUUGCCUGGAUUUGCAGUCCCACAACCUGCAGGCAAAGGUCAUAGUGUGAGGAAUAUACAAGCUUUCUCCGUCCUUCAAAAUGCAUUUUUGAAAGCAAAAACUAACUAUCUUGCACAAAUUAUUCUGGAUGCCAUUACAAAUAUUUACAUAGCGGACAAUGCCAACUACUUCAUCUUGGAAUCACAGCACACCUUGUCCCAGUUUGCAGAGAAAAUUUCCAAGCUUCCAGAAGUGCAGACCAAAUACUUUGAGAUGCUGGAGUUUGUUGUCUUUAGCUUGAAUUAUAUUCCUUGUAAAGAACUGAUUAGUGUCAGCAUCCUCUUAAAGUCCAGCACGUCUUACCAGUGUAGCAUCAUUGCAAUGAAAACACUUCUUAAGUUCACCCGUCAUGACUACAUCUUUAAGGAUGUCUUCAGGGAGGUGGGGCUUCUGGAGGUGAUGGUAAACCUUUUGCACAAAUAUGCAGCCCUUUUGAAAGAUCCCACUCAGGCUCUGAAUGAUCAAGGGGAUUCAAGAAACCUCAGUUCUUUUGAGGACCAAAAGCAGCUAGCUUUAUUGGUUAUGGAGACCUUGACAGUACUACUUCAAGGAUCAAACACAAAUGCAGGUAUUUUCAGGGAGUUUGGUGGUGCAAGGUGUGUACACAAUAUAGUGAAGUAUCCACAGUGCCGACAGCAUGCACUGAUGAUUAUCCAGCAAUUGGUGUUAUCACCUAGUGGGGAUGAUGAUAUGGGCACUUUAUUAGGGCUGAUGCACUCAGCUCCACCUACAGAACUACAACUGAAGACAGAUAUAUUACGGGCCCUGCUCUCAGUACUAAGAGAGAGUCAUCGCACAAGAACUGUUUUUAGAAAAGUUGGUGGAUUUGUGUAUGUCACAUCUUUACUUGUUGCUAUGGAAAGAUCCUUGUGCUCUCCACCUAAGAAUGGCUGGGAGAAAGUAAACCAGAAUCAAGUGUUUGAACUGCUUCACACUGUGUUCUGCACAUUGACUGCAGCAAUGCGCUAUGAGCCAGCCAACUCGCAUUUCUUCAAAACAGAGAUCCAGUAUGAAAAGCUGGCAGAUGCUGUUCGAUUGCUUGGCUGCUUCUCAGACUCAAGAAAAAUAAGCCCCUUGAAUGUCUUCCCCUCAAAUACACAACCAUUUCAAAGACUACUGGAGGAUGACCUAAUCUCCAUGGACUCUGUGGCACCCACACUAAGGCAUUGCAGUAAACUCUUUAUUUAUCUCUACAAAGUAGCCACAGAUUCUUUUGACAGUCGUGCAGAACAGAUCCCUCCUUGCCUGACAAAUGAGACUUCUCUCCCCUCUCCUUGGGGUACGCCAGCUUUGUCCAGGAAAAGGCAUGCAUAUCAUUCUGUUUCAACUCCACCUGUGUACCCUCCCAAAAACAUAGCUGAUGUGAAGCUCCACACAGGACCCACGCUGCUGCAAAGCUCUGAUGCUGUCGUCAUUCACCCUGGAGCUAUGCUCGCCAUGUUGGAUCUUCUAGCCUCAGUUGGAUCAACUGCACAGCCAGAACAUGCAUUGGAUCUUCAGCUUGCAGUGGCCAACAUAUUGCAAUCCCUGGUGCAUACAGAAAGAAACCAGCAAGUAAUGUGUGAAGCUGGACUCCAUGCACGUCUUCUACAGAGAUGUAGUGCAGCUCUUGCUGAUGAGGACCAUUCAUUGCAUCCCCCACUCCAGAGGAUGUUUGAAAGGCUGGCCUCUCAGGCACUGGAGCCAAUGGUGUUGAGGGAAUUUUUACGUUUGGCAAAUCCUUUGAAUUGUGGCGCUUGGGACAAAAAGCUGUUGAAACUGUACCGAGUGCACAAACCCAGCUCAUUAAGCUAUGAACCAGAGAUGAGAAGUAGUAUGGUCACAUCAAUGGAGGGUCUGGGUUCUGACAGCGUGUUCAGCUUGCAUGAAGAGAACCACUACCGCAUAAGCAGGAGCCUGCUAAAGCCAGCAGAAGGAAGCACAGUACCCCUGACGAGGGUGAAGUGUUUGGUCUCCAUGACAACCCCACAUGAUAUCAGACUUCACGGAUCGUCAGUUACUCCAGCAUUUAUUGAAUUUGACACAUCUCUUGAAGGAUUUGGCUGUCUAUUCUUGCCAAGUUUGGCUCCCCACAAUGCACCUACAAAUAAUGCUGUCACAACAGGUCUUGUUGAUGGUGCUGUAGUCAGUGGAAUUGGAACUGGGGAAAGGUUUUUUCCUCCACCAUCUGGUUUAAGCUAUUCAACUUGGUUUUGCAUUGAGCAUUUUAGUACACCUCCUAAUAACCAUCCAGUCAGACUAUUUACUGUUGUGCGACGAGCAAACUCUUCAGAGCAGCACUAUGUAUGCCUUACCAUUAUCCUCUCAGCAAAAGACCGAUCACUAAUUGUUUCAACUAAAGAAGAACUGCUUCAAAACUAUGUUGAUGACUUCAGUGAAGAAUCAUCCUUCUAUGAGAUUCUUCCUUGUUGUGCUCGAUUUCGCUGUGGUGACCUCAUAGUGGAAGGACAGUGGCAUCAUCUUGUUCUGGUGAUGAGUAAAGGCAUGCUGAAAAACAGUACAGCUGCACUUUACAUUGAUGGACUGCUUGUUAAUACUGUGAAGCUUCACUAUGUUCACAGUAGCCCAGGUGGGUCAGGUUCUGCUAAUCCACCAGUAGUCAGCACAGUUUAUGCCUAUACUGGCACACCACCUGCCCAACGCCAGAUCUCCUCCUUGGUUUGGCGUCUGGGACCAACACAUUUCUUAGAGGAAGUCUUGCCUCUUUCAAGUGUUAGCACCAUUUUUGAGCUGGGACCAAAUUAUGUUGGAAGCUUUCAAGCAGUGUACAUCCCAUGUAAAGAUUCUAAAUCGGAAGGAGUCAGCCCAUCUCCAGUAUCUUUGGUACCAGAGGAGAAAGUCUCUUUUGGUUUAUAUGCACUCUCAGUUUCUUCACUUACAGUGGCAAGAAUAAGGAAAGUUUACAACAAAUUGGAUAGUAAAGCUAUUGCCAAACAGCUGGCUGUUUCUUCUCAUGAGAAUGCCACACCAGUGAAGCUACUGCACAACUCAGCAGGACAUCUGAAUGGACCUGCACGCACCAUUGGAGCAGCUCUGAUAGGAUAUUUGGGAGUAAGAACAUUUGUCCCGAAGCCUGUUGCCACUACAUUACAAUACAUUGGUGGAGCUGCUGCUAUUCUGGGUUUGGUAGCCAUGGCAUCAGAUGUAGAAGGACUAUAUGCAGCUGUGAAGGCCUUAGUGUGUGUCGUAAAGAGCAACCCAUUAGCCAGCAAAGAAAUGGAAAGAAUCAAAGGUUAUCAGUUAUUGGCAAUGUUGCUAAAGAAGAAACGCUCCCUUUUGAACAGCCAUAUUCUACAUUUGACCUUUUCCUUGGUGGGAACUGUGGAUAGUGGGCAUGAAACCUCCAUUAUUCCAAAUUCAACUGCCUUCCAGGAUCUGCUAUGUGAUUUUGAAGUCUGGCUUCAUGCACCAUAUGAGCUUCAUCUUUCGUUAUUUGAGCACUUCAUUGAACUUCUCACAGAGUCCAGUGAAGCUUCAAAGAAUGCUAAAUUAAUGAGGGAGUUCCAGCUAAUCCCCAAACUGUUGCUGACUCUUCGAGAUAUGUCUUUGUCCCAGCCCACUAUUGCUGCAAUUAGUAAUGUACUGAGCUUUUUGCUUCAGGGCUUCCCCAGCAGCAGUGACCUGCUCAGGUUUGGACAGGUCAUAUCUUCCACUUUGCCUACAUUUGCAGUCUGUGAGAAGUUUGUAGUCAUGGAGAUAAACAAUGAAGAAAAGCUUGAAACUGGAACAGAGGAUGAUUUUGGAGGCCUUGCUUCUGCUAAUCUUAUUCUUCUGCGGAACAGACUUUUAGAUAUCCUUCUCAAACUUGUAUACACGUCUAAAGAAAAGACAAGUGUUAACUUGCAGGCAUCUGAAGAACUGGUCAGGACCCUGGGUUUUGAUUGGAUUAUGAUGUUUAUGGAAGAACAUCUGCACUCUACCACAGUUACUGCAGCCAUGAGAAUUCUUGUGGUCUUGCUAAGUAAUCAGCCUAUACUCCUCAAGUUUAAAGAAGGCCUCAGCGGUGGAGGCUGGCUUGAUCAGACAGAUUCUGUGUUGACAAAUAAGAUUGGCACUGUGCUAGGGUUCAAUGUUGGCAGGAGUGCUGGCGGCAGAUCAACUGUCAGGGAAAUUAACCGGGAUGCUUGUCAUUUUCCGGGCUUUCCGGUUCUUCAGUCAUUUCUCCCUAAGCAUACUAAUGUACCUGCACUCUAUUUCCUCCUCAUGGCACUUUUCCUGCAGCAGCCAGUCACUGAGCUGCCUGAAAACCUGCAGGUCAGUGCACCUGUCAGCAGCAGCCGAUGUAAUCAGGGUUGCCAGUUUGAUUUAGAUUCUAUCUGGACAUUUAUAUUUGGAGUUCCUGCCUCCAGUGGCACUGUGGUGUCUUCAAUCAACAAUGUUUGCACAGAAGCUGCCUUUUUAUUAUUGGGAAUGCUCAGGAGCAUGCUCAAUUCACCUUGGCAGUCAGAGGAAGAAGGCUCUUGGCUUCGAGAAUAUCCGGUGACCUUGAUGCAGUUCUUUCGAUAUUUGUAUCACAAUGUUCCAGACCUGACUUCAAUGUGGAUGAGUCCAGAGUUCCUGUGUGCAUUGGCAGCAACCGUGUUUCCUUUCAACAUCCGACCUUACUCUGAGAUGGUUACUGAUCUUGAUGAUGAAGUUGGAUCCCCAGCUGAAGAGUUCAGAGCAUUUGCAGCCGACACUGGCAUGAACAGGAGCCAAUCAGAGUACUGCAAUGUGGGCUCCAAGACCUACCUAACCAACCAUCCUGCCAAGAAGUUUGUGUUUGACUUCAUGCGUGUGCUCAUAAUAGAUAACCUCUGCCUCACACCUGCUAGCAAGCAGACUCCACUAAUAGACCUCCUGCUAGAGGCUUCCCCUGAAAGAUCAACAAGGACACAGCAGAAAGAGUUUCAGACUUACAUUUUGGACAGUGUGAUGGACCACUUACUUGCAGCUGAUGUUUUAUUGGGUGAAGAUGCAUCUCUGCCUAUUACAAGUGGUGGUAGUUACCAGGUGCUGGUGAACAAUGUGUUUUAUUUCACACAGCGUGUGGUGGAUAAGCUUUGGCAGGGCAUGUUCAACAAGGAAUCCAAACUUCUUGUAGACUUCAUCAUUCAGCUAAUUGCACAGUCAAAAAGAAGAUCUCAGGGGUUAUCACUGGAUGCUGUUUAUCACUGCCUGAAUAGGACCAUCUUGUAUCAGUUCUCAAGGGCACACAAAACUGUCCCUCAGCAAGUUGCUCUCCUUGAUUCUCUAAGGGUCCUUACGGUGAACAGAAACCUAAUUCUGGGACCCGGGAACCAUGAUCAGGAGUUCAUCUGCUGUCUAGCUCAUUGCCUGAUUAAUCUGCAUAUGGGAAGCGGUGUUGAUGGGUUUGGACUGGAAGCGGAAGCCAGGAUGACCACUUGGCACAUUAUGAUCCCCUCUGACAUAGAACCAGAUGGAGUCUACAAUCAAGAUAUUAGUGAAGGUCGCCAGCUUCUUUUAAAAGCCAUAAACAGAGUAUGGACAGAGCUGAUUCACAGUAAGAAACAAGUUUUAGAAGAGGUAUUCAAAGUCACACUACCUGUCAAUGACCGUGGCCAUGUGGAUAUAGUUGUAGCAAGGCCUUUUAUUGAAGAAGCAAGUUUAAAAUGCUGGCAAAAUCACUUGGCUCAUGAGAAGAAAUGCAUCAGUAGAGGGGAAUCUUUAGUUCCAACCACACAAUCGAAGCUUUCACGGGUCAGCAGUGGGUUUGGCCUUUCCAAGUUAACUGGAUCAAGAAGAAACCGAAAGGAGAGUGGGCUCAACAAACAUAAUCUCUCUACGCAGGAAAUUUCCCAGUGGAUGUUCACUCACAUUGCAGUGGUUCGGGACUUGGUAGACAUGCAGUACAAAGAGUAUCAAGAGCGUCAGCAGAAUGCAUUAAAAUAUGUGACAGAAGAGUGGUCUCAAAUUGAGUAUGAACUAUUAAGGGAGCGAGGUUUGUGGGGUCCUCCCAUUGGCUCCCAUCUGGAUAAAUGUAUGUUGGAGAUGACAGAGGGACCCUGCAGAAUGAGGAAGAAGAUGGUACGAAAUGACAUGUUUUAUAUUCAGUAUCCUUACAUGCCAGAAACUGAACAAGAGACAAAUCUACUGUCUGACUUCUCAAGUAAACCUCCUGAGACACCUGAUGAUACCAUUCCUCAAAAGAAACCUACUCGUUACCGAAGAGCUAUAAGCUAUGACAGCAAGGAAUACUACAUGCGCCUGGCUUCUGGAAAUCCUGCUGUUUUCCAAGAUACUAUAGAAGAGAGUUCAGAAGGUGAAGCCACUCAGCAGGAGCCAGAACACGGCGAAGACACUAUUGCAAGAGUUAAAGGUCUGGUAAAGCCUCCUCUGAAGAGAUCUCGCUCUGCACCUGAUGGAGGAGAUGAGGAAAACCAGGAGCAACUGCAGGAUCAAAUAGCUGAGGGUAGUUCUAUAGAUGAAGAAGAAAAGACUGAUAAUACAACUUUGCUUCGACUGCUCGAGGAAGGAGAGAAGAUUCAGCACAUGUACCGCUGUGCUCGAGUUCAAGGUCUAGACACCAGUGAGGGACUCCUUCUCUUUGGUAAAGAACACUUCUAUGUGAUCGAUGGGUUUACGAUGACAGCCACCAGGGAAAUACGGGAUAUUGAGACACUGCCUCCAAAUAUGCAUGAGCCAAUUAUACCUAGAGGAGCAAGGCAAGGUCCAAGUCAGCUCAAAAGAACAUGCAGUAUAUUUGCAUAUGAAGAUAUCAAGGAAGUACAUAAAAGGAGAUACCUAUUACAGCCAAUUGCUGUUGAAGUUUUCUCAGGAGAUGGACGGAACUAUCUUCUAGCUUUCCAGAAAGGAGUUAGAAAUAAAGUCUAUCAAAGGUUUUUGGCUGUGGUUCCAUCUUUAACUGACAGUUCAGAGUCUGUGUCUGGACAGAGACCUAACACCAGUGUAGAACAAGGGUCUGGCUUGCUUAGCACUCUAGUGGGAGAGAAAUCUGUGACACAAAGAUGGGAGAGAGGAGAAAUCAGUAAUUUCCAGUACCUGAUGCACUUGAACACUCUGGCUGGCAGAUCCUAUAAUGAUCUCAUGCAGUACCCUGUCUUCCCCUGGAUCCUUGCAGACUAUGAUUCGGCGGAACUGGAUCUUACUAAUCCCAAGACAUUCAGAAACCUGGCCAAACCGAUGGGAGCACAGACAGAGGAAAGAUUAGCACAGUACAAAAAGCGAUACAAAGAUUGGGAAGAUCCUAAUGGGGAAACUCCAGCUUAUCAUUAUGGUACUCACUAUUCAUCUGCCAUGAUAGUGGCCUCGUAUCUUGUCCGAAUGGAGCCCUUUACACAGAUAUUCUUACGGUUACAGGGUGGCCACUUUGACCUGGCUGACAGAAUGUUUCACAGUGUGCGUGAAGCCUGGUAUUCAGCAUCAAAGCACAACAUGGCAGAUGUAAAGGAACUCAUCCCAGAAUUCUUUUACCUCCCGGAGUUUCUGCUCAACUCCAAUAACUUUGAUCUAGGUUGCAAACAGAAUGGUACUAAGCUUGGAGAUGUGAUACUUCCCCCAUGGGCAAAGGGAGAUCCUCGUGAAUUUAUUAGAGUUCAUCGGGAGGCUUUGGAAUGUGAUUUUGUGAGCGCACAUCUGCAUGAAUGGAUUGACUUAAUCUUUGGUUAUAAACAGCAAGGCCCUGCUGCAGUAGAAGCUGUAAAUGUCUUCCAUCAUCUCUUUUAUGAGGGGCAAGUGGAUAUCUACAACAUAAAUGACCCAUUAAAAGAGACAGCUACCAUAGGAUUCAUUAAUAACUUUGGGCAGAUACCCAAACAGCUAUUUAAAAAACCACACCCACCAAAGCGAGUUAGAAGCCGAAUCAAUGGAGAGGCAGUUGGAAUGUCUGUCCCCCCAGGUUUCACAAGUGACAAGAUCUUUUUUCAUCAUUUAGACAACCUGAGGCCUUCCCUUGCACCUGUAAAAGAACUCAAGGAGCCUGUGGGACAGAUAGUUUGCACAGAUAAAGGAAUUCUGGCAGUAGAGCAAAAUAAGGUUCUCAUUCCACCUACCUGGAAUAAAACUUUUGCUUGGGGCUAUGCGGACCUCAGCUGUAGACUGGGAACCUAUGAGUCGGACAAGGCAGUGAUUGUUUAUGAAUGUUUGUCAGAAUGGGGACAGAUUCUGUGUGCAAUCUGUCCAAACCCCAAACUGGUCAUCACUGGAGGAAUAAGCACGGUGGUUUGUGUGUGGGAGAUGGGCACCUCCAAAGAAAAAGCUAAAACACUCACUCUGAAACAGGCAUUGCUUGGUCAUACUGAUACUGUCACAUGCUCAACAGCAUCACUAGCUUAUCACAUAAUUGUGAGUGGAUCACGUGACCGUACCUGCAUCAUAUGGGAUUUGAACAAAUUAUCAUUUCUAACACAGCUCCGAGGUCACAGGGCUCCAGUUUCAGCACUUUGUAUAAAUGAAUUAACGGGUGAUAUUGUGUCAUGUGCUGGCACUUACAUCCAUGUGUGGAGUAUUAAUGGAAACCCUGUUGUGAGCGUGAACACUUUCACUGGGCGGAGCCAGCAAAUCCUAUGCUGCUGCGUGUCUGAGAUGAACGAGUGGGAUACACAGAACGUCAUAGUGACAGGACAUUCAGACGGAGUGGUCCGAUUCUGGCGGAUGGAAUUUUUGCAAGUACCUGAAACACCAGCUCCCGAGCCUGUGGAGAUCCUGGAAAUGCAAGAGGAUUGUCCAGAAGCACAAAUAGGGCAGGAAGCCCAAGAUGAGGACAGCAGUGACUCUGAAGCAGAUGAUCAGUGUAUCAGUCAGGACACUAAACCACGGGAGAGCCAGAGUCAACCAAACAGCACCAGCCACAGGCCUGUACCAUCAUCAUCCAGGGCGACAGCAGCAUGGUCAGCAGACAGUGGCUCCGAUGACUCAAGACGUUGGUCAGACCAGCUCAGCUUGGAUGAGAAAGAUGGCUUUAUCUUUGUGAACUAUUCUGAGGGGCAAACUAAAGUGCAUCCCCAUGCUCAGGUUAACCACCCAAACCCAAACCAUGUAGAAGUACGGCACUACAGCAAACUUAAACCAGGAUACAGAUGGGAGCGUCAGUUAGUAUUUAGAAGCAAACUAACUAUGCACACAGCAUUUGAUCGCAAAGACAACGCACAUCCAGCAGAGAUCACAGCACUAGGCAUCUCAAAGGACCAUAGCAGGAUUCUAGUAGGCGAUGGUCGAGGAAGAGUGUUCAGCUGGUCUGUGAGUGAUCAACCUGGCCGGUCUGCAGCUGACCAUUGGGUGAAAGAUGAGGGAGGAGACAGCUGUUCGGGCUGUUCAGUCCGAUUUUCUCUCACGGAAAGACGUCACCAUUGCAGAAACUGUGGACAACUCUUCUGUCAGAAGUGCAGUCGAUUUCAAUCUGAAAUCAAGCGUUUGAAAAUCUCAUCACCAGUGAGAGUCUGUCAGACCUGUUACUACAACCUGCAACAUGAGAGGGGUUUUGAGGAGGGGCCUAGAAAUUAA